AUGUCGCUGAACAAGGUCUGGGAUUCUGCCGGUGGAACGCCCUUUUAUCCUCUUGUGUCGAAGGAUAGUCACUUCGUCGUUGCUCUCACCCUCCUAUUGACCACUGCUGUCCUUGCUGUUCUCUUCGGUAUCAAUCGAUCCCUUGUCAGUGUGCCAUUGUUUGGUGUGCCGGCUUCGUUGGCAUUUGGGUUUGGAGCUGUUUUCAUGAUAUGUGCAGUAGGAGUCUACGUUUAA